CACUACUGCGGCAUCGCGUGGAUGGCGACCGAGUUUCCCGCGCUCAUGUCCAACCGCGACACGUGUUUUGUCGAGUUUCACGACUUGAUUGAAGUCAUGGACUCGUCGACCAUGGAGCUGCGUCGGGGCUGGGUCCGCACCAUCCACUCGAUCGAACUGCCGUGUUGUCCGCCGCUCAAGGGCCUCGUGCGCAGUCAACUCGUUCGGUCGGGGCACGUCUUCUUGGAGACCAAGACGCCCGGCAUCCUCGAGCACUUUCACAUUAUCGUGCCGCAGGUGCAUGGCAUGCUCAAGAGCCACAUACUGCGCGACGUCGCCCAGCGCCAAGUGUCUCGGGUCCUCAAUCUCGAAGAGUACUUUGCCACGCAGCGGUUCCUCAAGACGCUCGACACGAGUCUCCUCAUGCCCGUCACUUCGUUCACGCAAAAGGACCUUGUUGGGUGGUGCGCGGUCUGCGCCCGCAAGUUUGGUUGGUUUGUUCACAAGAAACACUGCCGCAAGUGUGGCCACGUCAUCUGUUCGCACUGCCUUAGCGACUGGCACUUUUCCAUCAAACAGCACGUCGUCAAGCUUCGGAUUUGCCGAACAUGCUUUACUGGUGCGUCGGUCGAAGCGCUCGAAGACAACGCGCGGCAGACGUCGCAGUCGACGCUGACACUCGACUCGAUGGAGCGCAAGCAGCCAACCGCCGAGUCGGACUCGGCCUCGGAGCUCGACGAUCUGCCAAUGCUCGAUCGCACGACUGACGGCAUGCUGGACCACCUCGAGGCAUUUGACCAGCACAUGGAGCUGAGCAAGCUCAACCACGACAGCCGGUCUUCGUCGUUUGAUUCGGUUCUCAGCGCUUCGCAGGCCUCCAACGAGGCCGCACCCACCCACACACGCGUCUCGCUUUUCUCCGUCACCAACUCCAACCUGGAUCUGACGUCGUCGUUUUGCUCGUACCUGUACACCCAAGUCACCAAGUACGAACAGGUGGCCGCCGCGAUCGCCCAGGACCAGAAAGCGCUCACAGUGACCAAGGACGCUUUGGCCAAGGAGGCUACCAUGACUACAGUGCGACUCUAAUCCCUGAAUAAUAGCUAUUUGAGGUUUCUUAUCGCC